ACAGACACUCCAGUACCUGAGUAUUUCAGUCAGAAAACACAGACCGAUUCACCAUGCCGUUCGCACUUGUCCGGACCAACUUCGACGUUCAGGAAGAGUUUGAUGGCAAACUCUCCAAGCUCAUGUGCGACUUGUUUAAAGUAGAUCAAAAGGACGUCUGUGUGGAAGUCCUCGUCAACAAGCGCAUGCUCCGUAACGGCACGAACGAGCCGUACGUGUACUGUGACCUGCGCAGACCGGUCAGUGUGAUGACCUUGGACAACAAGGUCACGUGGGCUAAGGUCCUGAGUGAUUUCUUCAUGAAGGAACUUCGCGUUGAACCUUUAAGGUGUACGCUGUCUUUCCAACCGCAGCUGGAAAAACCGUAUAGCGGCCAAGGAGUUUAAAGGCAGAUCGAACAGCAACUUGCACGAACUCUCUCGAGCUCAUCUAUUCCCGCCCAAAAUUCUGCAUGGACCAAAUUGCCAAAGUUAACUAUACAUUCAUGUUUGAAGAUAUUAACUGUGAACACAUAUAGGAUUGUUGAAUUUACAAAUACCUUUGUGAAAAAUACCAAUGUGAAUUGAACGACAUGUUUGAAUACUAUGAACAUUUGGUAACUGACAGACGUAGCAUGCCUGUGCAAGUGUACGAAGUUAUUGAAAAGAGCUAAGGAUUGACUCGUCUGACUGUUAUUCAGCUAAAUAAUCAGCGACACAGAGCCCUCAACACAUCAUUUUGUAGCCUGGGUAACAUUCUCAGUAGUAACCGCUGGAUCAAUCCCUUUGCUUUUAAAAAAAAAAAAAAGCACGAAGAUUUAGCCACUACGGAGAAUGGUAUCCAGACUAUUUUACAAGUCACAAUAAAAAGAAAAGAAUACAAGUGAAUGAUCUGGGGAGUUUCAAACUAUUCAAAGCAGAUUUCUAAUACAUGCAAAUGAUGCAAUCUUACCAAGAUUGCAAAUAAAAGUCACCACGGCACGUACUGACGAUGAA